AUGGAUCCUAACCCGAUUCGUGUUACGACGCCCAUGGGUACUACCAGCAGACCCGAUGGUGAGCCUACUAUCCCGUAUCCGGGAGAUGGAAGGUGGGGUGGUCCUCCUCAGGGUCCUGGUCAAGGUCUUCCUCCUGUGGCAGGUCAACCGCAGUUACAGGGUCCUGGACAGGUUCAGGUUUUGGAGCAACAGCAGGUUCAGCCACCUGGGGUUCCAGGCCAGCAGCCUCAGGGACCUCAUCCUCAGUACCAGAGAGUGCCAUCUGUGACUGAAUUGGGUCCAGGCGGUGCUGGAGGACUGCCUCCUCAGUUGCAGCAACCACAACAACCACCUCAGCAGCCUGGUCAGCAGCAACCUCAGUAUCCAGGUUACUUGGCUGAACAACAGCAACAACAACAACAGCAGCAGCAGCAACAACAACAACAGCAGCAACAACAGCAACAGCAACAGCAACAACAGCAGCAUCCAAUGGGUCCCCCAGAUCCUCAGACUCAACCGUUUAAUAGCAACGGUGCCAUGUCAGAAUUGCAUGCCGCUGCGAAUGGCGGGCGUCCUCCGAUGAUGACGGAGCAACAAAGAAGACAGGGAGGUGGUCCAGUCGAGUUCAACCAUGCUAUUAACUACGUGAACAAGAUCAAGAACAGAUUUGCAUCUCAACCUGAGAUUUACAAGAACUUUUUGGAGAUCUUGCAGACUUAUCAACGCGAGCAGUUGCGCAUUGCUGAGGUUUACACUCAAGUCACUUUGUUAUUUAAGGAAGCUCCUGAUUUGUUGGAGGAUUUCAAACAGUUCCUUCCUGAUACCUCUCAGCCUCAAGGACAAAUGGGCCCAGGUGCUGGUGGCCAGGAGGCUAUGAGAUUACCUCCAGUGGGUAAUUUUGCUCCUCCUGGGUCUAUUGGUGCUGGUGGCCCAGCUGCUGCAAUUGGCAGAGAUGCUGGUAUUGGUCCUGGUGGUAAGAAGAAAAAGGGAGGCGCUACAAACGCUGAACAGGCUUACCAGCAACAGCAACAACAACAGCAGCAACAGCUUCAAAUGCAGCAGCAACAACAGGCCAUAUCUCAACAGUAUGGCGGUUAUAACAUUGACUCGAAUAAUGGAGUUCCUGUGUCUAGUUUGAGAUCGGGUGGUCCUACCAUUGCCGGUACCGGCCGUGGUGGUAAAGGUAAAGGAGCUGGUGGUAAUAUGAUGAUUCGCGAGCCGAGUCCCACUUUAGUACCAGCAAUUCCCGAACCAUUACCUCCCCCAUCGCGGUCUGGCGGUCUUCAUGAUGAAAUCGCCUUUUUCGACAAGGUCAAGAAGUUUAUUGGUAAUAAGCAAACUUAUAACGAGUUCUUGAAAAUCAUCAAUUUGUUCACCCAGAAGAUUAUUGAUAAAAAUGUUCUUGUUGAGCGGGUCGAUGGAUUUAUUGGUAACAAUAAAGAGCUCAUGGACUGGUUCAAGCGAUUUGUCAAAUAUGAAGGAAAACCGUUGCACAUUGAGAACAUUGUUCAUAAGAAGCACAAUCUGGACCUGUCCUUGUGUCGGUCAUAUGGUCCAUCAUAUAGAUUGCUUCCCAAGAGUGAGACUUUGAUGCCAUGUUCGGGUCGAGAUGAGAUGUGUUGGGAGGUUUUGAAUGACGAGUGGGUUGUUCACCCUACUUGGGCUUCAGAAGACUCUGGAUUUGUAUCUCACCGUAAGAAUCAGUACGAAGAGAUUUUGUAUCGAGUAGAAGAGGAACGACAUGAAUACGAUUAUUAUAUCGGAUCUAACCUCCGUACCAUUCAAACUUUGGAGACUAUUGCUAACCGUAUUGCUAAUUUGACUAAUGAGGAAAAGGCAAUCUUCAAGUUGCAACCUAAAUUAGGAACUGACUCGACCAUUUAUCAAAAGAUCAUUCGCAAGAUUUAUGACAAGGAAAAGGGACUCGAGGUCAUUGAAGCUCUUCAUGAGAAUCCUGCUGUUGCGGUGCCUAUUGUGUUGCGUCGGUUGAAACAGAAGGACGAGGAAUGGAAACGUGCUCACCGUGAAUGGAACAAAGUGUGGCGUGAAACUGAGCAAAAGAUCUUUUACAAGUCACUGGAUCAUAUUGGUUUGACGUUUAAACAAACUGAUAAAAAACUUCUUACUACCAGAAGUCUUGUAUCUGAAAUUACUACUGUCAAGGCUGAACAGAACUCCAAACGUAAGAACCCUGCUCUGCCCUUACCAAAGUCACAAUUAGUUUUCAAAAUGGCUGAUAAUGACGUUCUUCUUGACAUUUUACGUCUUGUAUUGAGCUUUUUGGAGCACGGUGGCUCUUAUUCAAGCAAUGACAGAGAACGUAUGGAAGCUUUCUUCCGGUCUUUCUUGGAGCUUUUCUUCUCGCUCCCUCCUAAUCUGAUUUCUGAGAGGUUCCCCGAGAAUGAGGGCCGCAAGUCUUCUUCUCCUGAAGCUGAAGACGAAUCUAAAACUGAUGGUGGUGCUGCUGCUACUGCUGCUGGAGCUGUUAGUAAUGGCAGCACUGGCGCUGGUGGUUCGAAGAAACGUGCUAGAGAGCCUUCAGGAGAUUUAUUGCGAGAUGUUCUUAAAAAGUCUCGAUUCAACGGUAGAGCUGAUCUGUCACCUUCUGCCGAAGUGGAACUGGAUACUGAGACGGACAGCCCUGCUGAAACUCCAGUUCCCAGUGCUGAAGACACAACUGGUGCUGAAAAUACUAACAUCCCACGAUUCGGCGAUUCUGAAGAUGCUUGGUUGAAGCAUGCUCAAACUUCUCCAUCGCCUGAACUCGGCGCCAAGAAUGACAACCAGAAGAGAGAGGUGUUUAAUCUGUUUGCGAACACCACUAUUUACGUGUUUGUUCGUAUUUUACAAAUUUUGUAUGAUCGACUGGAAGAAGUCAAGGGGUACGAAUCACUUGUAUCGGAGGAGAUUGCUAACAGUUUUAAUGUUGAUUUUGCCAAUGACCUUGGUCUGUACGACACCAAACUGGCCGAUAUGGGACUCCGCUUUGAUAGUAAAGAUUGCUAUGGCCAGCUGCUUUCGUUGUCUGAACGAUUGAUUGAGGGCGAGGUCGAACACCAGUGGUUCGAAGAGGCUAUUAGACAAGCUUAUAGAAACAGGGCUUACAAGUUCUACACGAUAGAUAAGAUUGUGCAGGCACUUGUUAAACAUGUCCAUGCCAUUGUUGGCGACCAAAAGUCGUCUGAUGUUUUGGUUCUGUUCCAAGCUGACCGGGUCGAGCCACUUAGUGACAUUAAGAAACAAAUUGCUUACAGAAUGCAAGUCAAGAAGAUUAUCGGAUCCGAUGAGAGUUUAUUCCGUAUUGACUGGAACGAUGAAGAGAAGCGGAUUGGAUUCCAGUUCCUUGGCAACUACGACUUGACCAUGAGAGACAUCAAAAAGGCAGAAGACAAGUGGAACUAUUACUUGACAUCUUAUAUGAUGAGCGUGCCCACUGAGGGAGUCGCUCUAGACAGAAUCAAGGCACCACUGCUGUACCGAUCAAUGAUCGAGCUGGUUGACGAAAAUUAUCCAUUUGUGAUCAUCGAGCAAGGACUCAUGGCCCGUGUUUGUAUGAACACGUACAAGCUGUUUUUCGAAGCAGGCACGGUAGAUUUCUUCACCAGACCCGGUGUAGACAAUUCAGUUUUGAGAACCCCUGCUGUGCUUGAAGGCAGAAAAAACCGUUGGUCGAGCAUCAUUGAUGGUCCAGAUGGAUGGAAAUCGGGACUCAGUGAGACGGAUAUCAAGAACACUGAGGAUCGAUUCAAGAUUUGGGAAGAGCAAGGACCCGAAGCUUUUGAAAAGUGGGAGGCUCCCGUGGUUGCUGUUGAGCCCGAGGCUACUGCCAACGGUACCAGCGAUGAACAAACCAACCAAACCGAAGCUGCUGUUGUCCCCACUGGUGAGACCACAGUUGAUGAAGCCAAGCCUCUCGAAGCUCCUGCUGAUGCUAUGGAAGUGGAGACCACAUCCAACGGAGUGAAAGCUGCUGACGACACCACCUCUGAACCAGCUGCCGGCGAACCCAGCUCGGAAAAGUCCGAAGUAGUUGCACCUGAGUCCAAGCUCACGACCGAUGACGAACCCAAACCGAAGCUGGAUGCUUCAUCUGAAGUUAAAUCUGAGAACGAUUCCAAGCCUGAACCUUCUGCUGGCGAGCAAGAAGCAUCUGCCGCAGCUGCCACCGAAACUUCAUCCCCCUCUUCUGCCCCAACGUCAACCACCAAUCCUGCUGGAGACGCUGACCAGCAGCCUCCCAAAGCUGCUGACGGAGACGUUGAAAUGAGCGGUUAA